CCUCUUUGUGCCCCUUUCCCUUCACGCCGCGUUUGAUCGGCGGUGUUGCGCGACGUUUCGCUACGAGUUCCGUAUCUCGUAGUAUUGAUGAUUUCCAUUUUAGGAAAUCCUCCUCGUUUCACCUUAGCAUGAUCACGAAACAGCCAAAGUUGGGCCUCGCGCGUAGGAUCAAGACCAGUGCCAAGGCUAUCCUCAUAAUCGAGGGCGUAUUGUUACUCGGAACGUACGGAUUUUGGCGUUGCCUGAACACCUCACAAGAUUUUAGGUAUUACGUGCAUCAACGCUUCCCGUCUAUAUUGGAGGGCUACUACAUUAUUGGGGAAGAGUUGUCAGGUAACGAUCAUAUAAGGACGUUCGAUUACAAGACCUGGACAGUGGAGCGCAAUGAGCAUUAAAUCUUCAUGGCGUUCCUGAAGUUUGUGGCAUCGGUGGCUCUCGGCGGUGGUAUAGGAUACGGUCUGUUCUGCAUUGCUACAGCCAACCAUUCGGACCUUGUAAAGCAUCUUCCGCCGCAUUCGUCAGAGCAACAAAGUCUUUUCAAACUAUCUUAUAAACCAAAACCUGAGAACUUUAUGAACGAAGGCAAGCCAACAAACGUUUCGAGGAGUUUCAAGGAUUUUGACACCCAAAACAGCGCAAACAACACUAAGACAUAGCAUUUGUACAUACCGAAAUGGAUCCCACGGAGUUUAUAGAGGAAAGUUUACCAGAUCGUAUUACGAAAAGGGAUCGGGAGCGGAAAAAUGUCAUCGAGAGGCGGCGGGAGGAACGGCAGUCGCUCGCCGUGGAAUCCGAGCAGAGCGGUUACUUCAAAGACACGUUUUACUCCUCUUGCAAGAAAAUCAAGGAUAUGCUGGACGACGCGCCCAGUACUCCCUCCUCGGCGUUGCCAGGAAUCUUUGACAAAGCCAACAAGGAGAUCCAGCUGCUUAAGAACUAUUUAUCGCAAUCUAAAAUGUUUUUAAAGGUUUACGAUAUAAGACGCGCCCAAGAGAACCUGCAGUCGUUGGAGAACCAAGCUUCUGAGUUGGAGAUGAAGCUCCUGCCUAAGAAAAAGUUCGGUUUUAAAAAUCGUAGAAUUGUGAAGAAGCCCUCCGACAAGGGGCACGACAUCACGGAUGGCUUAAAGGAUCUUAAGAUAUCUGAGAGCAUCGUGAACGGCACGACCAAGCAAAACAACAAAUUGUCGAACAAAUACGGAGACAGCGCCUGCAUGCUGCUAGGCAAAGUGAACGAGCGAAUGGUGCUGGACGCCGAGAAUGUAAAUAAGAAUGACAUUCUACUUUCUGAUUUGGUUCGCUGUACCGUACGGAUAUAUGGUACACCGAGCACCCUGCAUAUGGUGAAUCUGAAACAUUGCACUAUAUUAGUCGGACCGGUGACGUCCUCCGUUUUCGUGCACGACUGCAGUGACUGUGUAUUCGCCUUCGCAUGCCAACAGCUACGAUUACACUCGUCGACGGAUUGUACUAUUUAUUUACACGUCACAAGUAGGGCGAUCAUAGAAGAUUGUACGAAGAUACGUGUAGCACCUUACAACUGGUCUUACGAAGAUCAGACGAGUCAUUUUAAUCUAGCCGGCCUCGAUCCAAAGAUUAACAAUUGGAACUGCAUCGACGACUUCAAUUGGCUAUCUAGUGAAAAACAUUCGCCGAACUGGUCGAUACUCGAACCGGAGCUACGAGUAAAAACGUGGGAUUGAAAAACGAAUACUUGUAAAAUAAAGAGGAAGAGAGCAAUUAAAAUUUAACAAAUGUAGUAAAAAAAAUGUUUUUAUAGAAAACCUAAUUCUUUUUUCUUCCGAAUGUCGGUUUAUUUACGUAGAUAAAUCAUCUACAUAUAUAUACCGUGCUUUUUCACAAGAUGCAAAUUAUAUACGCAAGUUUUAUAUACGAUAUCUAAUAAAUUUACUGUUUGUGCAAUAUUCCGGGUGCCCUAUUUUACAAGUCACACCCGAAUAACUUUGGAAAAAAAGAUUAGAGGGAAGUGUAAAAAAAAAAUCAUGGUUGUAUUUGCGAGAAAAUGAAAAUCCUUUCAUACAAUUCUUCAAAGUUAUCUAGGUUUGCUUUUUAAAAUGGGACAACCCCUCUCUCUGUAUACAUAUAAAUAUGUACAAAUUAUUAUGAACAUUGUGUUUGAGAAAUUUAUUAAAAUUGAACUAUCCCUCUUUUAUUUGUUGAA